GAGCUGGGAUGUAUGCCACGGAGUGCCAGGCAGAAGUGACGCCCUCCCAUAGCAAUGGCAACCGCCAGUUUCAGUACUCGUUGGCGGACCACACCAACCAGGCGUUCCACAUCAUGAACGAGCUCCGCUUGGGCCACCAGCUGUGCGACGUGACUCUGAGAGUCAAGUACAACGACCUGCAGGCGGACUUCGUGGCCCACAAGAUCGUCUUGGCCUCCAGCAGCCCCGUCUUCCGGGCCAUGUUCACCAACGGCCUGAAGGAGUGCGGCAUGGAGACCGUGCCCAUCGAGGGGAUUCACCCCAAGGUGAUGGAGCGCCUCCUGGAGUUCGCCUACACGGCCAGCAUAUCGGUGGGCGAGAAGUGCGUGAUCCACGUGAUGAACGGCGCCGUCAUGUACCAGAUGGACAGCGUGGUGAAGGCGUGCUGCGACUUCCUCAUCCAGCAGCUCGACCCCAGCAACGCCAUCGGGAUCGCCAGCUUCGCCGAGCAGAUCGGCUGCCAGGAGCUCCACCAGAAGGCGCGCGAGUACAUCUACAUGAAUUUCGGAGAGGUCUCCAAACAGGAGGAGUUCUUCAAUCUGAGCCGUUGCCAGCUGGUGAACCUGAUCAGCCGCGACGAGCUGAACGUGCGCUGCGAGUCCGAGGUCUUCCACGCCUGCAUCAACUGGGUGAAGUACGACUGCGAGAGCCGGCGGCCCUACAUUCAGGCCCUCCUGCGGGCCGUGCGCUGCCACUCGCUCACCCCUCACUUCUUGCAGCUGCAGCUGCAGCGCUGCGAGAUCCUGCGAGGGGACUCCCGGUGCCAGGACUACCUCUCCCAGAUCUUCAAGGACCUGACGCUCCACAAGCCCACACGCCCCCACCAGGGAAGGAUCCCCAACGUCCCCCAGUUCAUCUACGUGGCGGGAGGCUACUACCGCCAGUCCCUUAGCUUCCUGGAGGCCUAUAACCCGGUGGACGGAGAGUGGCUUAGUUUGGCACCUUUGGAGAAGCCCAGGAGCGGCCUCGCUGGAUGUGUGGUGGGGGGGCUUUUGUAUGCCGUGGGGGGGCGCAAUAAUGCCCCGGACUGCAAUAGAGACGCGGACGCCCUCGACUGCUACAACCCCAUGAAUAACCAGUGGUCGCCCUGCGCUGCCAUGAGCGUGCCCAGGAACCGGGUGGGAGCCGGCGUCAUAGACGGGCAGAUCUACGCUGUCGGUGGAUCUCAUGGCUGCGUCCAUCACAACAGCGUGGAGAGGUAUGAUCCUGAAAAGGACGAGUGGCAGCUUGUGGCACCGAUGAAGACCCGGCGGAUCGGAGUGGGAGUUGCAGUCCUCAACAGGCUUUUAUACGCGGUCGGGGGGUUCGAUGGGACGAACAGGCUGAGCUCUGCUGAGUGCUAUUACCCCGAGACGGACGAGUGGAAGGACAUCGCGCCCAUGAACGUCGUCCGCAGCGGGGCAGGAGCCUGCGCCCUGGAUACGAACGUAUACGCGAUGGGUGGAUAUGAUGGCACCGACCAGCUGAACAGCGUGGAGCGAUACGACGUGGAAAGGGAUUCUUGGAGCUUUGUGGCACCUAUGAACCACCGUAGGAGCGCUCUUGGGGUUACCGUCCAUCAGGGAAGGAUCUAUGUCCUUGGCGGGUACGACGGCAGCACGUUCCUGGACGGCGUCGAGUGUUACGACCCGGCCGCGGACGCCUGGACAGAAGUCACCCACAUGAUGUCCGGACGCAGCGGCGUCGGGGUGGCCAUCACCAUGGAGCCGUGCCGCAAGCAGCCGUGCGGGAGCGGCUUCACGGAGACAACGAAAGAUUGCUAUCUGCACGAAAAACACAUCGGGUGCGGCUUCUCCCCGAGCCGCAAAAAAUAAGG